CACAAACAAGGCGACAAUCAUCUUGGCUUGAAACCAAAUCGCUGCAACAUGCAUACUUCACAAGUUCAGACCGCGAGCCUCCGUCCGGCUCUGCGCAUUCUCUCCAAACCCAGAGCACAUCGCCAGCUGGCCACUUCGACACAGAACCCCCGCAAAGAAGGCGAUAUCUCCUCAGUAUUCGUCUCCCUCUCAGGAGUGAAAGAGAAUGCACUGCCACUUAGGUUCGCCGAUCAGAAGCGGCGUCUAAUUGCUGGACACGAAGAUCAGGUGAAACAAAGCUGGGAUCGACUCUUGUGCCGGCUGCGUGAUGAAGUAGCACUCAUCGCAACCAAAGGAUCCGAGAUCAUCCCCUCCAUCGACUUCAAAGACAUUCAUGCUGCACUGGCGAAGUUCCAGGAUGAACUCCGCAAGCGUGGUGUUGCGGUGGUGCGGGGUGUGAUUCCUGAGAGCGAGGCCCGCACCUACAAGGAGGAGAUUGAGGCGUACGUGCGAGCCAACCCUCAGACCCGAGCAUUCCCCCCUCACGAUCCGCAGGUAUUUGAGCUAUACUGGUCCCAGCCUCAGAUGCGUGCUCGUGAUGCCGGUUUCGCCUUGGGACCUCAUGUGGACGGCGGCAGCGUCGAGCGCUGGGAAGACGACGGAUACGGACUGGGACAGGUCUACAAACGUAUCUGGGAGGGGCACUGCCGAGUUCCAGCGGUGGCGGACUUGUAUAACGGGGCGGGCGCGUGUUCCAUGUUCCGGAUGUUCCAGGGCUGGUUAAGCAUGUCGCACACAGGUCCCCGCGAGGGCACGCUUCUCGUCAACCCCCUGUUCCGAUUUCGUCUCCUCCGGCUGGCCCUGGAUACCUACCUCGACCCCACAAACUGGCGUCUUGAGGCGUCGAUGUCCAGCAAACUGGAGGGCGCCACGCCGGGGUACGCGCAGGAACUGAGCGAUAUCUUGCAUCCCCACUUGCGGCUAGAAAAGACCAUGGUGCAUAUGCCCCAUAUUGCCCCUGGCGAUUACGUCGCUUGGCACUGUGAUACCAUCCAUUCCGUCGACAAGGUGCACCAGGGACGUGGAGACAGCAGUGUCUUGUACAUUCCUGCUUGCCCCGUAACCGAGGCCAAUGCGCAGUAUGUUCGCCGUCAGAGAGAAGACUUUCUCAAUGGUGUGCCACCGCCCGACUUCCCUGGAGGCAAGGGCGAAAGUGAACACAUUGGACGCACAACCCAAGCACACCUAGCUCGUUAUACUAAGGAGCAGGGAUUGAGAUCUCUGGGACUGGAAAAGUGGAACACUGGAGAGAAGAACCUGAAGCAAGGACAGCGCGCUGUGUUGAAAAUAGCCGAUGAGAUUAUGGGCUUCUGA